CCUUUGCUCAGCGGGCGGAAGCGCAGUUCGACGUGAGAGGGCGGGAGGAGGGGUCUUUGGUGGCGGCUGUUCCGGUCUCGAGGGGUUUCCUGGUUUGCAGCAGGCAGCGCUAAUAAAAUACUUACCAUGAUGUUCAGUGGAUAUGCUGAUGCGGAAGCAUUUGAAGAUGAUCCUUAUUCUGAAGAGUCUUCCAGUGAAACAAGCAUUGAUAGUGAAGUAGAAUUUCAUCUUUACAGUCAAGUCCAUUACUCACAAGACCUUGGGGAUGCUGGGGAAAAUAACAAUAAGGAUGUCAGAGGACAAGAAGAAUUUAAGUCCUUGAAAAAAGAAAAAUUGGAGAAUGAACAAGAUCAGAGAAAUAACUUAAUUGUCAUUUCAGAUUGUGAUGUUAACAUUUCGGACAGCUCAGAUAUCAUAAUAUUGUCUGAUAGCCCUGAGGAAGAUAGCAUUUAUGAAAGUAAACUCCAGAAACUAACAGCAUCCGCGUCUCCAACGUUACGUAAAUUAAAUAAGACUGCUUACUCUCGUGCCAAAAAAUCUAUUGAACACCCUUCCCGGCCUAUCCUGAAAUCUGAGGAUCAGAUUACAGUAAAUUCAAGUAAAGCAAGAAAGGCUGAUGAAAAGGCAAUCUUAAAUAACCAGGAUGAUGUUCACAUGAUUCACAGAGUUUUAGUAACUGAGGACAGCUCCAGCAGCGAUGAUGCAAUUGAUGUGUCAAGUAUAUCCUCUGAAAGUGAUAAUGUGGAGAGCUGGAUGCUGCUGGGAAGUGCCGCAGAUGACAAAGAUGAUGAUAUCCUGCUAAAUCUUGAAGGCUGCAGAACUUCAGCCAGUGGAGGAGAAGAUAGAACAGGAUGGACCAUCAGUGAUAAAGACUUUCAGGCACAGAUUGGUAAUUAUGUUUCAGUGCGACAUAACAACAGAUACUACACAACGGACAAAAACGUCACUUGCAGAAAUUGUGAUAAACGAGGUCAUUUAUCAAAAAAUUGUCCUGCCCCAAAGAAAAUUCCACCCUGUUGUCUUUGUGCAGAGAGAGGUCACCUACAAAACAGCUGUCCAGUACGAUUUUGUUUAAAUUGUUGUUUGCCAGGACACUGCUCUAGAGAGUGCCCUGAGAGAAUGUACUGGAAAAAACAUUGCAACCGCUGUGAUAUGAGAGGUCAUUAUGCAGAUGCUUGCCCAGAAAUAUGGAGGCAGUAUCACCUAACAACUAGACCAGGACCACUCAAGACAACUGACUCUUAUUCUGUGCAACCUUCUUCAGCAUACUGUUACAACUGUGGAAAGAAAGGCCACUAUGGAUUUGAAUGCUCAGAGAAGCGAAUGUUUGGAGGGACAUUUCCUACUUUCCCCUUUAUCUAUUACUAUGACAAUGAAUAUGACAACAAGAGGAGUCUUCAGAGAGCAAAGAAAAAAGUGCAAGAACUUCAGGAAGCUGGCCUUCUAACAAAGUUUCCAAAAAGACCACAUACAGAUUAUGAUCGGGAAGAGCACAAACAUAAGAAAAAGAGGGAAGUUUGGAAGGAACAUGGCAAGAGAGGAAAUCAUAAGAACCUAAGGAAAAAGUCUCAGGCAGAUCUAGUCAAAGAAAGGAAGCGUAAGAAGGAAGUUCAGAACAACUAUAUGAUAGAAGAAUGCUUUCCUAGAGGUGGCCACGUGAAUGCACAUAAGAGGUGCAGAAGGAAAACUCCUCAUCAUCAAAGUGUUGGCUUUUUGGCAGAUGGCAAAACUGAAAAUCACCGAGUUUCUAUGCAGUCAGCAAAAAGGCAGAAGAGAAAGAAAAAGAAGAGGAGCCACACAAACAAUACCAGGGAUGAAAGUUUAUUUCUUAUCAAACAGAAGAAAAAGAAAACGACACCGAAAGCCAGCUUUAUCUGAGGUGGAACUUUAUUCCUUCUGUCACAGCACAGAGUGUGUCUCGGUAACCAUUCCACAAGGAGAGCAUCUUGGUUUGUAAUGUUAUUUAUGCAUUAGAGGUACAUUAUUUGAUAAAUGUUUUUAUAAUUCCUGCAUUAGAUGGACUAUAGAGGAAAGGGGUAGGGAGUGACAAGAUGAAAGCAAUUUUUUUAAAAAAGGUUCCUCAGUUGUAUACACUCUUUGUAAAUCUGUGUCUCAAAAUACUUCUGCUUAAUGCAUACAGUUUAUUUGCACGCACAUUUUGAAGGAAAAGUAGACAAAUUGACAGGUGCCCCAGGUAUGGAUACAAGAACAGAUGGAGGUAACCAUUUCACCUGCUUAAAAGAAGAGACAAAAAGAGGAAGUUUAAUAAGUGAUUUGCAUUUACAGGCCUUAGGAAGGCGUAGCGGUAUCAUGUUUCCUCUGCUGAUUUGUUUUGAAAAAUGUGUGGAAUGGAUUUAAGAAACAGGGAAGGAUGUUGUAGGAGAAAUAUUAUUUGCUUCCUAAUUUUAUUUUCUCAGCAGAGUGUUUCAGGAUGUGGCCAUCUUAUGCCACAUUCUUAGAUAGGAUUAUCCUCAAAUUUGCCAAGGACUUAGCACUGUAAUUUGAUUUGACAGGCCAGGUCAGUCUUUGUUCAAGUGAGAAAGUGUAAGCUGCAUUGAAGUCCAAUUUUUAAAGUAGAUAAUGACGUACAGCUUUUUCAUGUUUCUGAGAAAUAAAUGAUUUUAUAACU